AUGUCUGCUGACGACCAGCAGUUCCUGGACGCGCUCGCCUCGCUGCCUGACCGCAUCGUCUCCUACAGCGGUUCUGUCGCUGAAGUCAUCAACACACAAGUCGACGCUGCCGCUUCACAGAUCCGCUCCACGCUCUCCCAGUCCUCGUGGAUCCCAGACACUAUACGGCCGAAUCUCCCGCCGCCCAAGCCAGCGCCCGUACCCGUCUCUGCUCUGUCGAGGUUGGAUCAGGUCCAAGCAUGGAUCUGGCGAAACAAAAUCCUUACAGGAUGCAUAGUCCUUGCGUGUGGAACCGUCGUCUGGAAGGGAUACCAGACCGGUAAAUCCGCUCGCAAAGUACGGCGAGCGAAGCGCGCCAGGAACGGUGGACGAACAGAGGUUGUCGUGAUCGCUGGCUCGGCGAGUCUGCCACUCACAAAGUCAUUGGCCUUGGACAUGGAGAGACGCGGGUUUGUCGUGUACAUUGUGUGCAAUGCGGCUGAGGACGAGGGAGCUGUAUCUGCGCUAGCGAGGCCGGACAUCCGACCGCUGACUAUCGACACAACAGAUCCGCCCAAAGCCGGGGCCGCCAUAGAACGCUUCGCACUCCAUCUCCAGUCCGGCUCUUCGCCUGCGCCCACCGUCAAACCCAACGCCCUCACUCUCAAAUCCAUCAUUCUCAUACCGAGUCUCAACUACCAAACCUCGCCCAUUGCGACCAUCCCGCCCUCCAGCUUUGCCGACCUCUUUAACACACAUCUACUGCAGCCCAUCCUCACAAUCCAAGCUUUCCUACCACUGCUGACCUCGAGGUUGCAGCCCAUCGGGGAGAAAUGGAUCCCGCCAAAGGUCCUCGUCUUUACACCCAGCAUCAUCUCAUCCAUCAACCCGCCCUUCCAUGCACCCGAGGCAACGGUGUGUUCGGCACUGGGAGCGUUCACCGACGUCUUGACCGCCGAGCUGAGGCCACUGGACAUUACGGUCACCCACAUGCAGCUCGGUACAUUUGACCUGUCCGCCUUUGUGCCAGCACGACAGAACGCAUCGCUGGGAGCUGGGAAUCCUGAGGACACGCUCGUCUGGCCCGACGGUGCCCGGCACGUCUACGGGCGCAACUUUAUGGCGCAGACGAGCAGUGCCAUUUCGGGUGGUCGCAUCAGGGGCCUCAAGGGAUCGUCGCUACGCCAUCUCCAUAAUUCGGUCUUUGACGUGAUCGACGGAUCCAUAGCCGCCGACACGAUCCGCGUCGGUCUUGGUGCGAGCGUCUAUGGCUUCGUCGGCCGCUUCGCCCCCAGGAGCCUGGUUUCGUGGAUGAUGGGCAUCCGCAAGGUCGACCAGCUCUCCACUUGGAAGACGAGCUCGUAUGAAGGGUCGUCGCGCGAUGGAUCAGAGAAUGGUGAUGAGGGCUCCGCGUCGGAGCAAUUUGUCGCCAUCACACCGGAGAAGAAUAUCUGGAGGGCCGACGUGGAAAGUGGUGUUUGGGGGCGAUCGCCGUCGCAGCUGUAG